AUGCUGGUACAUCAAAUGUCAAUAAGGUCGUUGUUAUCGGCGCUGGAGAUAGGGAACGACAAAGGCGACACGCCACUGCACUGCGCAGAGUGGAAAGGGUCGCUCGAGAUGUGCGAGUCCAUAGCCCAAGCCCAACCCCGCGGAUCCGAGAAAGCAAAAUGCACCAACGAAUGCUCAAGUUCAUCAAAAAGAAAUAGUAUUGAUGGAUGCAUGGAUGAAUUUGAAUACUAUAUAUUAUGUAUGUGCAUGGAUAAGGCAGGCAAUGGUGGGGACUCAAAGGAGGAGACAGAAACUUAUACAACCUUGUUGGUGGCAGCCCAGAAAGGCGUAAUUGAAGUAGUGAACGAAUUUCUAAGCCAACUACCGGUGUCCAUCUACGAUACCACAUCAAAGGAUAAAAAUAUAUUGCAGGUAGCAGUGGAGAACAGGCAACCCAGGGUUAUUGAGGCAGUGCAGAAACAAGUAAACAAAGAGUUAAAGCUUAAUCUUUGGGCUGACCUCAUUGAAUCAGUGGAUACUGAUGAAAAUACUAUAUUGCACUUAGCAGCCAAGUAUGAAGAAUCCAAGGUACAUCCUUGGCAGAUUCAUGGCACUGCCAUGCGGACGCAAUGGGAAAUCAAGUGGUAUGAGUAUGUGAAAUCCUUCUCGCCACGCCACUUCCUUUCCCUUAGCAAUGCAAAAGACGAAACUCCGGAACAAAUCUUCUCUCAAGGUCAUGAAACUCUGGUCAAAGACAGUGGCGAGUGGCUAAAGGAUACGUCUGAAUCUUGUUCGGUGGUGGCUGCGCUGGUUGCCGGAGUUUCCUUUGCAACGUCGAGCCAAGUCCCCGGCGGGACUAAUGGUGAUACUGGCAGACCGACCUUAGAACGACAGCCGGCAUUUGAACUCUUCGCUAUCACUGCACUUAUUGGGCUCUGCUUCUCUGUCACUGCACUGAUCAUGUUCCUUUCCAUACUCACCUCUCGAAAACUACCCAAAGAUUUUAAGAAAAAUUUGCCACUCAAGAUUCUUCUGGGCCUGGGCUCGCUGUUUGUGUCCAUUGCCUCGAUGCUUAUAUCUUUCUGCGCCGCACAUUUCUUCGUGCUCGAGGACAAAUUCAAGAUGGCAGUGUUCCCUCUGUAUGCCGCCACCUGCCUUCCUGUUUCCUUCUACGCAAUCGUACAGUUUCCGCUCUACAUGGAUCUUUUGAAAUCCAUUAUUACAGAGGUUCCCCAGUCACUCCCUUCUGGCCAUGUCUGA